GAACUUAAUGCUUUUUGAGCUUUUAGUUUAUCUAUUUUAUACAACAGACUUAAAGCAACAAACACCAAAAGCCUGGAAAAUUAGAAAGAUACAUUUUUAAUUGUUCUGUACCGGGCUAGAUUUUAGUUUUUCUGCUUUACUAUAUAACACAGAAGUUUAAGAUAUCUUACUUUUUUCUGCUGGUCUGGUUUGGAGGCAUGCCUGCAAGAUGGAUUAUUGCCACUUUAUUAUCUGAUGCCUUUUCACAUGUCAAGAUGAUAUAUAAAACUAGCCAUUCCAAUACUAAUGGAGAAUAUUAGGAGAAGUCAAACUGCAGAUGCUGUGAGUUGCAGGAGGAAAUGUAUUCAACCACAUGAGCACAGCGUUGGAGUCAUAGCAUGGUGUUCCUCUGCAAAAAUUAUAAAGGAAUAUAAUGAAGUAGUGGUGUUCCCUCCCAUUCCUAAAGCUUCAUCAGUGAGCUCCAACAAUCAGGACAGAAUAUGUUACAGUAGUUGCUCAUCAUCCCAAAAGCUUCAAGACCUUUUCUUUUCACCACAAAUUUCUGCACCUCAGAAGACGGCAUAUAAGUUAGUAGACACAAAAGGGACCACUGGUAAGAAUGCAGAGUGGCAUUGGCACUUACCAUAUAAAAAGAUUAGCCGUAAAGCAGAGUCUCGUAUAAAAGAACAUCUAAAGAAUAAUCUAUACAACAGGCAUGGCAAGAGGCCUGAACUCUCUAAAGCAGAAGACAAUGAAGUGUCAGAAAAUGGAGAUGAACUACAGAGCCUUAAUAAAGACCAGACUUUCUCACUACAGAGUCAGGAUUUAGCAGUUUACUUGAAAAGAGGGAGCCACGUCAGUUUUCAAGAUGCCCCCCAUUCAGUGCAAUGGAGUGUCUCAUCACUUAUUCCUGAAAGCCAGCAAGAAGAAGAACAAGAGCAUGAUAAAACAGACCUUCUUCUUAUUUCUAGAUUUGAGAUGACUGGGGGGGUGCAAGAAGCAGAUCAUAAUUCAUCAUCUGUGGAGAGCUAUACAGCUGUGAAAGGGCCAGAUGACACAGGAAAGUUAAAGAAAUCAGAGUCUGCAGACAGAUGUGACUUGAGGAGCAGUGCAGCAUCCAUGGAGAUGGAGAAAAUUCAUGAAAUACUCACAAAAAACAUUAAAGUCAGUCAUGCCGUCAAGAAGAAACGUUUAAUGAUUUACCUAAGCGGGGGUUACAAAGACACCAUCCCAGAACGAACUGCCAUUAUGCAAAAUGUAUAUCCCAAUUUAUUAAUGCACUGCAAACAGCAAGGCUAUGACAUCAGGCUUGUGGACCUCAGGUGGGGGCUGCAGGAUGGAGUUUGUGAUGACAACACAACAGCACAAUUACAUUUGGACAUUAUGAGAGAAUGCCAGGAAACUGGAGAAGUACUCUUCUUUCUUUUCACAGGUCAGAAGCAUGAUGCUCGCUCAGUUCCCACAUGCAUAUCACAUACUGACUUUGAUGCUAUAGUCAGUGUAAUUGAGUCUAAAAAACUGGAAGCAAUGAAAAUGAGGAAACAUCAGGUCAAAGAUAAUGAAAUGGAAGAUUUAAAGUCACAAGCAGAAGCUUCCUUCAACAGCAUGGAAUCUCUGAGCAAAAGCUCCAAUGAUGCAGACCAAACUGAAGGCUCUUUUGCUCUUUCCUCUGAGAGUCGAGUGGAUCCAUUACCAACGAUCAACGGGGAGGCAGAGAAAAAUACAGACAAAGGUUCAAAGUCUAAAAAAGAGUAUGAGAAAGAAUUAAAUCUUUUGUGCAUGUGGUAUAAACUGGAUGAGAACUACAUCCCAGCUUCUUAUUGCCUACAACCUGUCAGCUCUUUCUAUAAGGAUUACAACAGCAAAGAUUCUACUCGGAGGCAACAAGCAAAGCACAAGUGGUUGAGUACGUCUGAGAAACUCUACAAUAUUCUUCAUCAGUAUGCUCCAGCAGCACUUGGAGAAAAGGCAGCAGAUUGCCUGCUGAGAACAGUGAUGGAGGCUGAAUGUGAUCAAGCCCAGCAGGUAAGCAUCCCCACUGAAGCUUGCUGUUACUUGUUUAAGAGGGUGAUCACAGACAUCAAGUUCAACUUGGAUAAUGAAAAAGCAUCAGACUACAUUGAUACAAACAGGCGGCUACCCGAAAUAAAUCAGGAGAUGCAUUCUGCUCAUCAGAGAUUCCUAGACAGUAUCUAUUCUAAGCUGCACCGUACCAAUAUCUAUGAAUACAGCGUUGGAUGGGGACAUAAUGGGAUUGAUCCCCAGCUUAACAGGUCACAUUUUUAUUACAUUGAAAGGAUCUCUAAUGAUUUCCAGAAGAUUGUGCUCAACCGCCUAAAAAGGGCAACACAAGUAAUGCCACUUAGAGCUCAGCCUGCAUGGAGCAGAAAAGACGUGUUCAGGAAUCAGAUCAAGGAUGAGAUUUAUGAGCAUGUUCACCACUGUCAAGCCCUUUUGAGCAGCUGCACUGGAAGAGAAUCAGUUCUUAAUGACCUUAAGAAAAUAAUGAACCAUUCAGAACAGAAAAUCAUUGUUCUCCAUGGAAUGACAGGAUGUGGAAAAAGUACAUUAAUAGCAAAAGCUGCAUGUGAAGCUUCCAAGUGGAUACCAGGAAAUGUCAACAUCCUGGUUCGUUUCAUUGGAGUCACAGGAGAAAGCCGGAAUGUGCGUUUGCUCCUUCAAAGCAUGUGUUUCCAGCUCUCUGAAAUGUAUCAGAUCAAGGUGGCUUUCUCAGAGGAUUUGUAUGCACUUAUGAAUGAGUUUGCUUCUCUCCUUGAGUUUGUGAAUGAGAAGAAUCCUUUAUUGAUAGCGCUUGAUGGUGUAGAUGAGCUCUCGGAAGAACAUGAUGCAAACAUCUCUUGGCUUCCACCUCUCUUACAUCAGCAUGUGCACUUAAUAGUGUCUUCAUCAUCAGGGUCAACUUGCGUAAGCAUACUUGAGAAACUGACUGUUCAAUCAAACAUCAUUUCCAUCCCUCCGCUGAAUCCUGCUGAGGUGGAAAAGAUACUUACAUGCUGGUUAGAAAGAGAUCAUCGUAGGCUACAAAGUGCACAAUGGAAGCUCAUCAGAGAAGCUUGUAUGACUUGCCCAAUACCUCUAUAUCUGCAGUGUGCUUAUAUGGAAUGCAAACAGUGGCCUUCAUUUGUUUCUCCAACUGAAAUAUAUCUUCCUACAGAUCUCAGCAAAUUGUAUACUUCUAUAAUAAGCAGGUUGGAAAAACAGCAUGGCGCUCAGUUUGUAAAGAAAGUCCUCUCUUUAAUAAGUAUUUCAAAAAAUGGAAUCACUCUGGAGGAACUGAUUGACUUGCUGUCUGUAGAUCAGAAGAUCAUGUCAGAGGUAGAGCAGUUUCAUCAGCUACCUGCUCCCAAGUUUCCCUUUGUUCUGUGGGCCAAGUUUCAGAAGGACCUGGGAAAAAUCUUAGUGGAACAGAAGACUGAUGCCACUUAUGUGUAUAACUGGGCAAAUGUCUCCUUUAAGCAAGCUUGUGAGGAGAGAUACCUGAAAACCAAAGAUGCUCAAAUUGUUCUACACACCCAGAUAGCCGAAUAUUUCUUGGAAAAGAGAAAGCCGGCAGUUAUAGGAAAUACAAACCUAUACAGUUUACAGCCACUAGCCUGGAUCCAGAAAACAGAAACUGAGAAAAAUUACUUUUUCAAUAUGCGUAAACUUUGUGGUCUUUCAUACCACCUGAUUAAGUCAAAUCAAAUUACUACUCUGGUCACAGAGUGUUUGUUUAACUACGAAUUCCUGCUGCAUAAAAUCUGGGGUGUGUCUGUUGCUCAUGUUGAAGAAGACUUAAAAUCUGCCAUGUCACCAGAGAGGGAGAUUAUUGAUCUGAAUGUAUUAAGUGAGACUCUGCAGUUAUCAAAGAAAGUUUUACUUCAGGACCCAUGCCAGUUAGCAUCUCAGCUUCUCGGUCGCCUGUAUCAAAUUAUCUCUGCAGAUAGGCCAGUGGCACCAGGUGAUCCAAGAAAAUUCUCCCAUCUGCACACAUUGCUGUCACAGUGCUGUUGUUCAUCGAUUCCAGUCUUUGUGCCUUCUUUUACCUGCCUUCAUCCACCUGGAGGGCUGCUGUAUGAUUUGUUGGCAGGUCAUACCGACAAAAUCACUGCAGUAGCAGCAGCAAAGAAGGACCUUAUUAUAGUGACAGCUUCCAGAGACAGGACCCUGAAGCUGUGGGAUCUCAGUUCUGGCAAAUCAAUAAAAACUCUUCAUGGAGUAGGUCGGGACAUUAGCUCCAUUGCCCUGUGCAUGGACAACACUUUAGUAGCACUUACUGAGGGCCACAGCCUGCAAAUAUGGGAAGUCUCUUCAGGAAGAAUGGUCUAUUGUGAGAAUGAUUCUCUUGAUAUUCCUGUUAUAACAUGCACUAUGGAUGGACAGAUUCUUGUGGCCUUUUAUGAUGGAAGUCAUUUUGCAAAAGUGUUUGAUUUAGCUGUCUCUUGCAGACCAGUCCAUCAGGUGGACAUUACUCCAGAGGAUAGCCCUAUUCACAAAGACCACUCUAUUCUUGUGUCUCAGAAUUCUGUGAAAGAUUUUGUUCUUUUCGCCUACAGGAGUGGAAAAGAAGCCAUGGUGUUAAGUGCCAAGAAGGGUGAUAUUAUUACAAAACUGACAGCUCAUGAGCCAGUGGCCUCUAUAAAAGGAGUGGACAUGACAAGAGAUUACUUUCUUCUAAUUUGCAGAUACCCUUAUAUGAGGCUUCAUGAGAUUAUUCAUAUUGAAAUCUUCAGCACAGCAAGUUUUGAGUAUCUCCGCUCCGUGAAAGGCUGCUGCAAUGACCCUUUUUCUUUGCUCUCUGUGAACCGUGUGGGAUCUCAUGUUAUUACCUUCUGCUCCUCUCCUGACACUAAUACCUCUGAAGUCAUUACAUGGAAUUUGGAGACUGAGGACCACAAGCACAUAGUGAAAACUUCAUGUGUAGUAACUGGAGGAACCUGCUUUGAUCUGCGGUAUUGCUUAGCAGCAUGUGAAAAUGAAAACUCCCUCCGAAUAUGGAAUUUAGCAUCCAAGAUUAAUGACCAGUCUCUAACUUAUAAUGUUCACAAUUCAAAGAAGCAUGAUGGAACAGAAGAAAUAAUUUCCAUGGUGAACUAUCCCAGGUAUGUUGUAUGCAAAAGCCUUACUCCUGGAACAGUACGAGUUUGGAACAUUGUGAAAACCAAAUACAAAGGCAAUGCAGUGAGGGUAGAGCGUGGUCUGUAUGAAAGUACUGACAUUGUGCUGGUGAGAGAUAUGAAACUGUACAUCCUGACAGACAGAGGCAUGGCCGCUUUUACAGAGACUCCACGACCCAUUUUUCAGACAAUGUUGGUCUAUGAUCUUCUAAAGAAGAAGUACGUUAAGAAGAAGACUGGUCUGUACAUCAUUCCAUGUCAAAAGCAUGAAUACAGGAUUUUGCCUGGUGAUCUACUACUGGGACUUGCAGAGAACAGAGAUCAUUUAGUUAUCUGGAACUUGGAGACAGGAUUUAUUAAGAGUCGGAUAAGGCCAGACUACAAGGAUCAUCUUUUGCUACCUCAUGGCCUGAAUGCAUCACUGGGACCAAAGAACACACAUUAUAAGGAGCUAAUUUCCAAAUUUGCAAGGAUGAAACAGGGCAGAUACCACAUGACUCCCUGGGAACGGCGUAAUGAAACCAAGACGGCAAAGACAAGGCGUGCAGAACGAGAGCUGCAGGAUGAAAUGGAGCAGGUCCAGCAAAUUGACAGAGAGAAACACAAUCCCAUUGAGCAGUUUCUGAUUAGUGGAGAUGAGCAGGUGAUAGUGUGCUCUUACUAUGCACACCACUUGAAUGUAUUUGAUCUGGUUUCAGAGUCACACUGCCAUGUUCUUGAGGACCAGACAUCCAUGCUUUUUCUCCACAAUGCUGCACUCACCCACAGUGGCAGCCAUCUGGCGAUUUCAAACUAUAAUGACCUUGACAAAACCAGCUAUGUCACUCUGUGGGACUUAAAGACUGGGAAGGUUAGAAAACGACUGAAGAAUGAACCCAAUGUUUGCUGCAUGGCAGUCACUGAUGAUGCCCACCGCAUUGUCUUUGGUGUCAUGGAAGUCAAUAAGCUUAAAGUCUGGGAUCCAUUUAAGAAACAACACAAAACAAUCCCUGGAUAUGAAAACCUCAGACUUGGAGUCAAAAGCCAACUGCACUUGACAGAUGAAGGCGCAAAAGUCAUUCUGCUUGCAGGUGACGUCAGCCUUUGGGACUUGAAUGGUGGCUUUCUUAUAUCUGUGUUCACGCCGGACAGCAAAAUCCAGUGUUUGUCACUGACGUGUGACAGAAAGACAAUGCUGAUUGGAAUGAGUGACAAGUCAGCACUCAUAAGCUUAAAGCUGAUGUCAAAAGAAAUCAUGAAAACCAGCACAAGUGGACUGGAUUUAUUUGGGGAACAGCCAAGCAGCAGCGAAUGAUGAUGAUGAUGAAGAAGAAGAAGAAAAAGAUGAUACAGCUGUGAGCAACUAAGGAACUUCCCUGGGACUCUUUCCAAAAUCGAACUCAUCAGGAACAACUGUACAACUGCACAGAAUGUUCUUCCAGUCCUGCCUGUCAUACCUCAUGAAGUGAUGCAUUAAGCAGUCUUUGGAACGAGGGGCGUCUCAGCUGGGACAACUUGAUGUUAUGCAAGUGACAUGCUUAAUGACAACAUGGCUCAUAAAGGUAAUAGACUGGAAUUCAAUAAAGUGUUUCUGAGAGAAAUCUUAAAUCUUACUCUGACACAACAGGGUUAAAGAGCCGAGUCUCCUUACUGUCCAAAAGAAGAACAAUGGAGUUAAGGUGUACAAGCUAUACCGAGUCAGGCACUUCUUUACUCAUGCUUUCUUAAGGCAGAUUAUUUACGUGUACUUCAAAUAAAUGUAAAAAAGAAAUUAAAAUGUAAACAAACAGUCAGGCUUUCAUAAUUUUAGUAAGCAACCAUACCUACUCAAGCAUAUUUACAAAGCUAGUCUAACAAAAUUAAGCACAAAUAUUUUUCAAAUUAAAAGAACGAGUGUGUGGUUUACUAAAAUAUAGUACACUUUUACAUAAUAUUGAAAUGGGAAUCUAAGGAGAUGUACAUAAACUGCUUGUAUAUGAGUUUAAAGCAUUGGUCAUCCCGUCAGGGGGGAUCUCCUAUUCCCAACAGGACGCUUUACUGGCAUGCAGGCUUGACUUCUUAAAUCAAGCAGGACUGAACAACAGUGAUGGCCUGGGGAACACUGAAACCAUUGCCAAGACAAUAUAUCUGUCUAGGCACCAGCCAGAUUGGGUCAAUGGUCAGACAAGCUAUUUUUUUAAAUCUUGCAGUUCUUUUCUUAUUAUUAUUUUGACUGAAACUGUUACUUAAUAAAUAGGAUUUAAGUCCUCUCUUAUUGUAUCUUCCCUCUCCUUGUGGUUGAGUGGUCUGUACUUUCCUGAGCCAUUUGUUUCAUGCAUGACUUUGUAAUGAAAUAAUAAAAAAAGUUGCUUUCAUUACUCAGCAAUGCACCUUAAAUCUAACUGGCAUUAAAAAACAUCACGAUGUACAAGAAACACUUAUGCAGACAAUUUAGCACCUUUCUUCCAUUCCAUAACUGUCAUUAUUCAUGAGUCCGUGAUGGCCCAUCUAAAAAUGUUAUGUUAUGCAUGGUAUGUGGAAGCUUCCUGAACAAAACCAAUAAAACAGACUCUUGACUGCAAAGACAUAUCUGUGAUCCAUGUAACCUGCACAGCCUUCAAAACAAGCAGUCAGUACAUUAGGAACUGCACCAUUAGUCAGCUAAACUAACUGCAUGAAUCCAAGGAAAUUUUGAAAAUAGAGAAAUGAAUCUCAAAGGCAUUUACAUUUUCCAAUCUAAUAAAGUGCAUUAAAAUAAAACAAUGCUUUGGUGCCCAUGCUAACGCAGCUUUUGUAUUAGCAAGGAGUGUUCUGCUAUGAAGUAUUCCUGUCCUCAGGGCAAAGGGCUAUAAUGGCAUCAGUGGUCUCUGUGUGUGUGUGUACUCUAAUACUGUUUGAUGUAAAUAAAGCUAUUUUUCUUAAUAUUUUU